GAUGGCCCAACAUUAAUUUCGCUUUGGGUAUUUUUCCUCUUUCAAAUAUUUGUUCUUCGAUGGUUUUAGUCUACUUUGAGUAAUUUCGUCGAACAAUUGGUGGGCUCGGCUGUGGAUAACAAUGGCCACCCCUAUCGGAAGCACGAUUGUCGGGAUCAAGGGAACCGUUAUUACGUGUGUGAAGGAAGACAAGAAUCGCAUUUAUCGAGGUAUUUGGUACGGAGAGAACCCUUUUAGCUUCGUGUUUCCUACUGUUCUAGCCAAAGUUGUCAUCAUUUCUCUUCUUUCCCGUGGAUUGUUCGUGCUUCUCAGGCCUCUCAAGCAACCCAAAUUUGUCUGCUAUGUUCUGGGAGGCAUUCUCUUAGGACCCUCAUUUAUAGGAGGCAUCCCGAUAGUAAAAGCUACAUUAUACCAACCAAGAGAGACCGAGUUGUUUCGUACACUGGCCAUAAUCGGUGGACUAUAUGCAGUUUUCCUUGUGGGAGUAAAGAUGGACUCAUCUCUGAUAGCAAGGUCUGCAAAGAACAGUUGGAGGAUUGGGAUUUUUGGUUUCUUAUUGGCUUUAAUAGUCACUUCAACUCUUAUCUUCUCACAACUUGGUCAAUUUCCAGGAAUCCUUAUGAAAGGACCCUUUGUUUUCUAUGUGCCCUUGUCACUAUCCUACACCUUUUUUCCAGUCGUAGCUGAGGCCUUAGAAGAACUCAACCUAAUGAAUACCGAGUUGGGUCAGCUCGCCAUGUCUUCUGCAAUGCUCAAUGAUUUCAUUUACUGGUUCUUCUUGGGGCUGUCUGUUGCUUUUAAGCAAGAAACAAUGGACCAUUCGGUCCGGGCUCUAUUUUCUUUCAUUGCACUAAUGAUUUUCACGUUCACUGUUGUACGCGGACGUAUAAUGUUAAUUAUCAGGAAGACCCCAAUUGGAAAACCAAUAAAUGAGAUUUAUAUCGUCUGGGUACUAGUUGGUGUUUUGUUUAUGGCACUUGCCUCGGACUUUAUAGGUUCGACCUGUAUUCUUGGCCCGCUACUACUUGGGUUAGUCAUACCAGCAGGGCCGCCACUUGGGUCAACACUAGUACAGAAGACCGAGUGUCUUGUUUCUGAGUUUCUACUACCUUUAUUUUAUGUGCAAGUGGGUUACAGCACAGACUUGAAAUCAAUCCGCAACUGGGAAAUGUUUACAAAAUUUCAGACGGUCAUUGUUCUGGGGUAUUUUUCUAAAUUUGUUGGAACUUUGUUAUUUUCUCUCUCGUGCAAGAUCAGGUUCAAAAGUGCUAUCUUGCUUUCUCUCAUAAUGAAUAUCAAGGGUCUCCUUGAGCUUAUCCAUCUUCAUCGAUGGAAAUUCAGUAUGUACAUUGAUGAACAAACUUAUACUCAACUAGUUUUGUCCACACUUGGGGUGACCAUGAUCGUGACGCCUUUGAUAGAUAUCUUGAGCAGGAGCCGAACACGACUUGACCUGUCUUGCCACAACCGUGGCCUAAGAACCCUUUGCUCUCUGCCUAAAAACUCCGAGUUCCGAAUUCUUUGCUGUAUCCAUGACGAAGAAAGUGUCCACAGCUUGAUUACCCUCCUAGAGGCAUCAAAUCCUGUAGAAACGAGCUCCAUAUGCGCGUACGUGGUCCAAACUUCUGAGCUCAUUGGUCUCGCUGCGCCGCUUCUAGUUCCCUACGACAAGAAGAGGAGGAAACUCAAGCUGGCCUUUUCUGCCAGCACUGACCAGAUCAUCCGUGCCUUUGAAAACUACGCUAAAAACUCCAGAGGCCCUGUUAUGAUCAUACCUUUCAUCAUGGUUGCCUCGUACAAGACCAUGCACGAGAGCGUUUGCCGUCUAGCUCAAGAGAAGUUCAUCCCUCUAAUCAUCGUCCCCUUCCAACUGAACAACCGCUACAGCGGCAUCAACGCCCAUUUACGCCAGUUCAAUGCCAACGUCCAAGCCUACGCUCCAUGUACAGUGGGGAUCCUCGUGGACAAGGGAUUCUCAUGCGGUAUGAGCUUGAUCCACUUCUCCUACCACGUGGUUGUGAUCUUUCUCGGUGGACCAGACGACCGUGAGGCGUUGGCCUAUGCCACUCGCAUGUCGGACAAUCGGAUGACGGUCACCGUCACGGUCUUCAGAAUUCUUUUGCUAAGAAAAAAGGAAGACGAAUCCAAAGAAGAGGAAAGUGAUGAGACUGCACUAGACGAGUCCGCGGUGGAAGAGUUCAAGAUCAAGAAUAUGAGCAGCCUGUCCUCACUAUGGAAGGAGAUCGAGGUGGACGACGUGGUGGAGGUGAUGAAUGCCAUCCGCUCAAUCGAGGGGCACUACGACCUGGUGAUGGUGGGGCGGCGACGGAACUGGUCCGCGAUGAUGGGAGAUGAUGAUAUGGCUGAUUUUAUGGAGAAUGAGGAGCUUGGGGUGAUCGGGGACAUGCUGGCAUCGUCUGAUUUCUGUGGAGGAAAGGUCUCUGUUUUGGUGAUGCAACACUAUAGGGAAGGCGUAACAACAACUCGUUCCAGCUCCAACAAGUCGCUUAUCGAAAAGGUCAACUUGCUCGCGCGUCGUGCUUCGAGUUAAGAUUUCGUUGUUAUUAGCUUAGUUUGUCUUAAGUUUCCAUACAUAGAUCAAUGACAAUCCUUGUAUAGCUUAUCUCAUCGGUUAUAUAUUAGUCCUUCUCUACCCCAGAUUUAUACAUGGGGUUUUUAGUUUACUUUGUUACACGAUGAAAAAUUUAUUCUUGCUCUCAAAACACGAAAUUGUUCUGUAUAUUAUAGAUGUUCUAAAUUACUUGUAGUUCCAAUUUGAUAAUAAUUUAGACCAAUUUAGUUAAAUGUUGUAGUUAUUAGAGCACU